AUGGCGAAGCACCCAAGGAUGAUCUUGUACCUUGACAAAGUCCAGGAGCUGUUGAAGGCGUUUCCUACCUUCACCAUCCAACAAGUACCCCGGGCAGAGAACGCACAUGCAGAUGCACUAGCCAGUCUAGGGUCAGCGUUGGAUACCCAGUUCAGAUGCUCCAUCCCGGUCGAACACCUUGACCGGCCAAGCAUUGAAGAAGUAGAGCCAAUCGACACAAUGCAAAUUGACGAGGACCCCAGCUGGCAAGACCCCAUCAUUGACUACUUAGCGAAUGGAAACUUACCCGCGGACAAGUCCGAGGCUAGGAAGGUCCAGCAGAAGGCCGCGAGAUACUACAUGCACGACAACAAGCUCAUCCGUAGAUCAUACUCCGGCCCUCACCUUACCUGCAUAAAAUACCCUCAAACACUUGAGGUCCUCUGCAAAAUUCACGACGGCGAGUGUGGCAACCACUCUGGGGGCAGGUCACUCGCCCAGAAGGCUCUAAACAUAGGCUACUUCUGGCCUACCAUGCCCCACGACUCUGCUGAAUAUGUCAAAAAGUGUGAUCGCUGCCAGCGAUACAAGCCGAUCCCUAACCUGCCUGCCGAAUGGGUCUCUUGCCACCCGUGCCCGACAAGAAGGACAUGGAUGAUCGUCGCCACCGACUACUUUACUAAAUGGAUCGAGGCAGAAGCUCUAUCCUCUAUUAAAGAAGCCGAUGCAGAUCACCACAAAUCAGUCGCCCAUAAGCAGCGUCUUAAGGGAGACGCAGGGCGACGACCAAAGCGUCCUUCGGGAGACGCAGCCCGUAAGAAGCGUCCUAAGGGAGACGCAGGGUGCGCCAGGAAUUUCUUAAAAGAAGGUCUCCAUGCCUUCUGCGGGAAGUAUCCAGGUUCCUAUCCGUUUCCUAAGGGAGGCAGGAUAGACACACAGUUGCCCAUAAGCAGCGUCCUUCGGGAGACGCAGGGCAACGACCAAGCCAUCCUAAGGGUUGUGCAGGACACGUCUGGAGCCUCUUAA